GACGUCCGAAGCAAGAUGCAGUCGCUGCCGAAGGUGCUGCGCGCCCGGGUCGACUACGCGCGGCGGCCGCAGGGCGCGCGGCCAGCAGGCGGCCCGCCCGUGGUGCAGGGCGCCCGCGGGCCCCGCAGCGCCUGGGCCCCCGCGGAGGAGCAGGGCGCGCUCCAGGCUCUGCAGGACGCCUUCGUGAAGGCCUCCACGCCCUCGGUGGCUUCGGCGGGCGCCGAGACCCGGUACCGGGUCCGACCCCGGGGCACGCUUCUGGAGGCCGGCCGCGGCCGCCGCGGGCGUGGUCGCGGACGAUGCCGGCCCUGCAGGGUUUCUCGAAGGGCUUGGGUGAAGCCGCCGUCGCAGCGCCUGCUGAAGCUGUCGAAGCCCAGGCCGGAUAAGUGGUCAGACAAGGAGUCCUGGAGGGAGCACGAGCUCGCGGCCUUCGCGCCGUGGCCGCCUCCAGACUGGCCGCCGCCCGCGCGGAACGCCGCGGCGUCGGGCGGCGGCUCCGAGCCGCAGCCGGACGCGCGCCGCCAGAACAGCAAGUCGAGGCCGCC